UUGUUCUCAUCUAUAAAACAAAACAAAACAAAACAAAAAAAAUGUUGUCCAUUUAUUUACGUCGAACAACAAUUACAACGAAUAAUUGGAUUCGUGCAACCGUAUUGAAUAAAUGUCAAUCAUCAUUAUCAUCAUCAAUUUCAAAGUGUUCAUUAGGUUUAUUUACGUUACAACAACAACAACAACAGCCAAAAUAUGCAAAUCAAUAUUGCCACUAUCAUCAUCAUCAUCAUCAUCAUUGUCAUCGUCAUCGUCAUUUUCAAUGGAAAAAUCAACAUCCACAAUCAAUUCUAAUGGAAACUUUUAACACGAAUCAAAGACAUCUAAGUGGAAAUAGCCGAAUCGUAUCAUUCAAUCUAUCGGAUAUUGGUGAAGGAAUAUCCGAAGUAAUUAUUAAAGAAUGGUUUGUUAAAAUUGGUGAUCAUGUACAACAAUUCGAUAAUAUUUGUGAAGUACAAAGUGAUAAAGCAUCUGUAACGAUUACAAGCCGUUAUGAUGGCCAAAUACAAAAAAUCUACUAUCAGGUAGAUGAUACGGCCAAAGUUGGUUUACCAUUAAUCGAUAUAUUAAUCGAUUCAGAAGAUAGUUCAACAGAAUCAGAACCAGAAAAUCAAAAAAUUAUUAUGAAUGGUGAUGAACAGGAUAAUAUUGUUGCCGUUGAUGGCAGUAAUGACCAACAAGAUUAUCUUGGUGGUGGUAAAAUCAUUACAACACCAGCUGUACGUCGUAUGGCCAUUGAACAUAAAGUUGAUCUAAAUAAUGUUAUUGGUACUGGAAAAGAUGGCCGAAUUCUUAAAGAAGAUAUAUUUGGCUAUUUGGAACGAAUGUCUCAACAACAACAGCCUACUAUAGCUACAACAACAACUAAAGUAGAGUCUACAAUGAAAACAACAAAGUCGCCCAUUGAGCCUAGACAACAACAGCGAUCAAUACCGAAUGCAGCAUCCAUUCAAUCUAUAACCGAAGAUCGAAUUGAACCAUUUUCUAGUGUAACAAAAGGAAUGUUCAAAACAAUGACUAAAUCAUUAAGUGUUCCACAUUUUGGCCUUAGCGAAGAAAUCGAUUUAUCAAGUUUGGUUGAAUUACGGCCAGAAAUGAAAAAAAUUUCUGCUGAUAAGAAUGUACCGAUAUCAUUUAUGCCAUUUUUUAUCAAAGCAGCAUCGUUAGCAUUGAUGGAAUAUCCAUUAUUAAAUUCGACAAUAGAUUUGUCAGGUGAAAAGAUAAUAUAUCGUAGUGCACAUAAUAUAGGCAUUGCUAUGGAUACGAAACAAGGAUUAUUGGUACCUAACAUCAAAAAUGUCAAUCAGAUGAGCAUCAUAGAUGUUGCAAAUGAAUUAAAUCGAUUACAGCAACUAGGACAAAAAGGCCAAUUGGGUAUGGGCGAUCUAAGUGGUGGAACAUUUACAUUAUCAAACAUUGGUUCCAUUGGCGGUAUAUUCGGCAUACCGGUAUUGAUGCCUGGUGAAGUGGCAAUCGGUGCCAUUGGUCGUAUACGUAAAUUACCACGUUUUAUUGAUGAUCAAUCUGAACAAAUACGACGAGCACAUAUUAUACAGGUAUUAUGGUCAGCUGAUCAUCGAAUCAUUGAUGGUGCAACAAUGACACUUUUCUGUAUGUUAUGGAAAGAAUAUCUGGAAAAUCCAUUCAGAAUAUUUCUAUAAGAAUCCAAAUAUAUAUUCAUCCAUUUUUUUUGUUUGUUUGUUUGUUUGUUUGUUACACAA